GCUCAGAAAUGGGCGUCGUAUUUUCAAAGGUUCUACUUAGUUGUACCAAACUGAUUGACUAAGUCCGUGAAUGUACAAGAAGUUGGUGCAAGCAACUUCAGUACGACCAACUCAAUUUUUUGAAAACGAAAAAAUUUAUUUGGUACAUGGUAGUACCGUUGUGCUGCAGGGAUUAAUUGUAGUACAUCUUUCAUAAUUGCUUAUUUAAAUUCAAGCCCAGAUAAGGAUUCCCAUGAAACAAAAAAACCAGAUUGUGUAUUGACCUGCCCUCUGGUUAUAAUUCAUUGGGCAUAUAACAGAUUUGAUCCAAAAUGAUGCAUAUGACAUUUUACUGGGGAUGGCAAGUGACUCUUCUUUUUGAUCAGUGGAAGACACAUUCAUUCUUACAGUACUGGGCCUCUUUGUUGGUCUUGUUUGCGGUAAGCCUAUUUCAUGAAUAUGUUGUGAGCUUGCGAGCUCACCUCAGAACUAGUCAAUUGUUAAAGCAAACGGAGAACUUUAUGGAAGGUCAAGCAAUGCUUCUCCCGGGCCAAUUUAAGAAGAGAGCUUGUAUACUCAAAGCAGGGGAGACAGUUCUGUUUGCUGUGAAUGCACUGUUGGGUUAUUUGUUGAUGUUGGCGGCCAUGUCGUACAAUGGAGGAGUUGUGUUAGUGAUUGUGUUGGGAUUGAGUGUGGGAUUCUUUUGGUUCCGCAGUGGGAAUUAUGUUGCUCAGGAGGAAGAGCUUCAGCUUUCCUCCGACCCAUGUUCUUCAUGUACUUAGGCUUAAGUCGCAUUCCUGGUGUGGCUGGCUCUAGCCCAUGCAAAAAUAUUCAAGUGUAAUGUUCUGGAUAAAAUAAGAUUCCAAUACCAUUAAUCUUAUAGAGAAAAUGUGUAUUGUGUUUUUCUCCAAUUUGAUUAGUCCAU